UUUUCCAUCCCAAAAUUUACUGCGUUUAAUGUCAAUGAAAAAAUUUACUAGCCAUAAUUUAGGGAUACAUUAUCUCUAAUCCUUGCUUUUAGCCAGAUAUUCUGUUUACACAGUUUUUUGUAAUUGUUUUUUCGAACGUGGUUUUUGUGGAAAAUAUUUGAAUAGGUAUUUCAGAUAAUAAUUUCACUAGCACCUGGGCUGACGCCAAUAAUUCUCGAAUUAUAAAUGCAACCGAGCUGAGUACCACCUGCAGUAGAAAUCAAUCUGAGCCAUCUCUGCGACAACUUGGUCUUCGAUACUUAGUUAGCCUAUCGCUAAAAUGGGUGGAUUUAUGGUAGCAGUACGAGUACUUUUUGUUUUUGCUUUUUUACUCGAUUUCAUUUGCGGCGAUGCAGGCCAGCCUCAAGGAAACCCUCCUAGCGGUAAUCAAGGUGGAAAUCCGGGUGGUCAGCAUAAUCAUGGUAGCGGUUCUGGUGGCAAGCUAGAAGUAGUAAUUUCUUUCGACAGUAUGCACUGUCCAUCCAUGCAGUUUUUCCAAAAUCAAUUAAAACCAAUUUACGAAGAAAUGUCCCAAUGUGUUCAAUGGCAUUUUAUUCCAUGCUCAACGUCGCAAAUCGUGGACGAUGUUCUGAAAUGCUGUGGAGGUGUAGCAGCAUGCCAAAUUGACGUACUUCAUGCCUGCGCAGCUCAUUAUUACGAAAAUGACGAAUACAAAUUGGGAAAAUUUUUCUUAUGCAUGGUGCCAGAUGAUGCUCAAUACGUGAAAGGAGAAGCGUGUGCUAAGGAAGCUGGAUUGGAUUGGAAAUUAUUAAACGCUUGUCAACCGACCAAAGAGGCAGGGACAUGGUGCGAUAAUAGGUUCAAGCAACUGAACAAACUGCAUGAACCGAAAAUUCCUGGAGUGUUGUAUAAUAUGCAUUACGAUGCGGCUGCAGAAGCUGAGUCACUGAGUUGUUUGAAAACUGGCAUAUGUAAUCAAAUCAAGAAGCAAGGUGGUCAAUGUGCUGCUUGUGGAAACUCUGGUAGUGGUGGUGGAAGUCCAGGAAGUGGAAAUCCACCAAGUGGUCAUCCACCUAGUGGAAAUCCUCCAAGUGGUCAUCCACCCAGUGGAAACCCACCGAGUGGAAACCCGCCAAGUGGAAACCCACCGAAUGGUCAUCCACCAAGCGGUAAUCCACCGCCUUCACCGCCUCCACCGGGUGGAUGUUAAUUUCAAAUUACUUACAUACUUAGCCAGGAGUAUACAAAAGGUCGUCGAGAUGCCUAUAUAUAAUUAUGUAUUUACAUAGGUACAAGUACCAACGUUGAAUUACCUAUUGUAUGCAAUUUUUUUUCUACUUCUUCCACGUUCUUCCAAAAUAUACAAAGUUGA